CCAUUGUUCUAUUACAUUGUACCCACACCAGAGGUACAAUUGAUAUUCCGAAAUAUAUAAAUAUAUAAAACAUGUAUUAGCUUGAGGACAAUGAACAGUAUCGAAACAACAAACACUUGAUCAUCCCGAAGGAAGUGAGAAAAGUAUUUGUAAAUAUAGACGGUGCAGACCACUUGUAGGAAGAAUUCGUUUUGACAUCAUUGAUGUACAUAGCUAUACUCCAAUAAGCAUAUCAAACUCCGUGUGUCGCAGCUGACGGAACGGCGCUGGGGGAAGGAUUAAGACUCAGAAAUUCACUCUUAAUAUCGAAAGUAAAUAAGGCACGGAUUGGAGGGUAUAUUAUAUCAUCUUCACCUCAAGACAAUAGAAAAUGACCUAUGCCAGUGAACAGCUGUUUAAUUGCUACUUACGGCCCAAAAUGGCGGCGAUUGCGUCUAUAGUCAAAGCGAGAGAGAUCGUGCCCCAUCUGCCUUGCCUCACUCAGACAGACCGGGAGGAAAUUGAAGCCAAAAGAGAGACCUCAGGCAACUACAUUGCCAUGCAGCACCUGCUGGACUGCCUUAAGAGACGGAAAAACUGGCCGGAACAGUUCAUCAGCGCGCUGGUGCAGUGUGAGCACGAGGAGCUCGCCAGUGAAAUCAGGGCCGUGUACGAGCCCCUGCUGGGCCCCAGAGCUCCUGUGGCCCCUGCUGCGAAUGCCCAUCCCGUUCACAUCCCAGAUCCCAGCCCUCCAAGGCACCCGGGCGGAUCGCCUCUUCAGCCCCCAAGAGUGGAAGACCCAUCGCCACAGCAACAGCCCCAAUCAGUGGCCGUUUCUGGAGAGCAGAAUUCGACCCCUGUCAAUAACGAGUCCUCAGCAGACGCAGCACCAUGUCAAGGCCCUGCAGUACCUAUAGGGCAAGACCUCCCUGGGGCUUCCUCUCAGGUUCCUGCCCCAAGCUACACAUUACUGUCACCCAGCCUCCCCCUAGCCUCAGAAACCCCUGCCACUGGUCCUGCAGUAAGUCCCCCCGAACCCCAGAUGUCCCCAGUGAAAUUACCUGUCCAGGAGUGCAACCUGCCAGCUGCCAAUACCACGCAGCAGCCUGUGGAGAACUCUGAUCCAACUGUUAAUCAGGUCGCAGCGAACGAUCGGCAGGCCCACCCGGCGCAGGGGAGCUCAGUCCAGCAGCCCAGCAGGCUCACCGAACUCGCGGCUCGGGCCGAUCACACUGAUCACCCGGCCCCGUCUCCCCUCGCUGGGGGACCCCUGGGCGAAGACGAGUUCCUCAGCAAACCCGGGACGCUGCGCUCCUGCGUAGCCCCGGGACACCGGCCCCCCGGAAACCCGGCCUUCCCGGCGCCCGCGCCCGUGCCCGAGGAGCCGUACUCCGGGAACUCGAACCGCCUGAUGAUCAGCGGCUCCUGUCGGGAGAGCGUGGCUUCCGGCGGCACCGCCGCCGUGCCCUCGCACAGAGAGCCCGAAGAGGACCACUACGACUCCGUCCACCGGAGCCUCCUCGACCAUCAGGAUGCGAGGGUGAACGUGGGUCACGUGUCCGAAUCAGCCCCCGUCCCGAACCACGCGGGGCAAGCCCCCCGGGCCUCGAACGAGCAACCCUCCCUGGCGCCCAUGCACACCUACAGCCCACAAAGAGAUCAGAGAGCAGGUUUCCCAUAUAACCUGCUAGAUAACUACUACGUCCCUGCAGCGGCCGUCGCUGGCUUGUCCCUAUUGAUGCUGUGGAAGCUCAAGAAUUAGACGGGAGCAAAUGUGUAAUCAUACGGCCUUUGUAACAUCUAGACUACAACAUUCAGCAUGAAUCGUUUUUUUUUUGUUAUUUAGAAUUGAGACAAUGCUGAAAGGAAAACAAAAAUCUGAUGAGAAUUUUUUUGUUUUACCUAGAAUAUGGGGAAAGUGAGAUUGUGUAUGAUUUUAAUUACCACAUUUGUUAUAAGAAGUGAUAUCAAAACAUUUUUAACCUGUGCCUACAAGGUGUGGCUUUUGAUUGAAUUGAGGAUUAUGGAUGUGCAUUUCCAUUCAUUUUCUUGCGAGCAGGGAGUUCCAGUCUUUAGUUCAUCGAGGAGUACAUGUACAUUUUUUUUUACUUUUUUUCUCUGAAUGAAAACGAUUUCUUGUGCUGCAUCAUGCUAAUAAAUGCAUUUAGUGCUUUUUUAAAUGUAGGGGUGCAAGAGUGAGGAUUAUGUCUAUUGUUUCCUGUGUCAUGCAAUUUAAGAAACCAUCAAAGAAGAAGCAUUGGAAAAUAUCACAUCAUUUGCAUUAAUAAGGUACAGAAAUCAGAGAGCGGUUAGAGCGUAGAAUGGUGGGCAGGCAUAUGAUUAUAUUAAAGUUAAAUGUUAUUCUACAAUUACAUAAACUUUUUUUAUGGAAUCACAUUUUCUCUUUUCAUUUUAAUGUUGUUCUCAGUGAAUAGAUUGGAACUGAGCAAAAUGGAACACAGGAAUGUGAUUUGUUAACAUGCAUACAACAUAUAUCAUUGAUAACAAUGCAACAUUUACCGAGUGUUAGUGUCAUGCAUUUAAGAUAUAAAGAGGACCUGAAAAUAAAUUGAUUCGUUAAUAUUUAUUUAUUUCUUUAAAUCAUGGUACUAUUAAAUCAGUAAGAGACAGUACAAACCAAUUUUCAGAUUUGAUGAUUUAACUUUAACUGAAAGUUUUCUGUCAGGAAACCCAUACCAGUAUAUUUACUGUAUGCAUAUCAGUUCCUUAUUGUUCUACAUUCUGUAUUAAUGUUAUCAUUAUCUUUUUAGUUCAAAUUUGUUUAUGAAGAGCCUUCUUUGAUAAAGCGCAUUUAAUCAUGUUCAAACAGAUCACCUUGUAAAGGAAACCAUAAAAUAAACACAUACAUAUUAUAGGCAUGCA